AGCGCUACGUCAGCAGUGAUACCGAAACAUGGCGGUGCCCAUUAGAAAGCGCCCGGCUACCACCGCCGGCAUGACGAUAUCAACUUUAUUAACAACGCUGCUGUUUCGUCUGUGUGUCGCUGAGAUCCUCGGGGGCGCCUCGUUAGUAGGAGAACUGCCCCACCGCCGGUUUGAAUACAAAUACAGCUUUAAAGGACCGCACCUGUCCCAGUCCGACGGCAGCGUUCCCUUUUGGGUACAUACUGGAAAUGCCAUUCCUAGUGCAGACCAAGUACGCAUUACACCAUCCCUCAGGAGCCAGAGAGGUUCUGUAUGGACAAAAAAUGUUGUCACCUUUGAGAACUGGGAGGCUGAGGUGACGUUUCGAGUAUCUGGCAGAGGGAGAAUGGGAGCAGAUGGACUGGCUGUCUGGUUCACGACUGAACAAGGUCUUGAUGGUCCAGUCUAUGGUGCAGCUGACAGCUGGAACGGAAUAGGAAUUUUCUUUGACUCCUUUGACAAUGAUGGAAAGAAAAAUAACCCAGCUAUAAUUGUUGUGGGAAACAAUGGAAAACUUGUUUAUGACCACCAAAAUGAUGGCACAACACAAGCUCUUGGAACAUGUUUAAGAGACUUCCGCAACAAACCGUACCCAGUCAGAGCCAAAAUAACAUAUUACAAGAAGACACUGACGGUGAUGAUAAACAAUGGAUUCACCCCAGACAGAGACGAUUAUGAGUUCUGCACAAAGGUGGACAACAUGGUCAUUCCCAAGGAAGGCUUCUUUGGCAUUUCAGCUGCCACUGGUGGCUUGGCAGAUGACCAUGAUGUUUUGUCAUUCUUAUUAUUCAGACUAACAGAGCCAGGCCAGCAACCGCCCCCACCCGAAGCUGAGAUUCCCAAAGAAGAGAAGGACAAGUACCAGGAGGAGUUUGAGAACUUCCAGCAAGAGCUUGACAAAAAGAAAGAGGAGUUCCAAAAAGAGCACCCAGACGUUCAAGGAGAACCAAUUGAGGAUUUGUAUGAGAGUGUAAACGACCGGGAGAUCCGCCAGGUGUUUGAGGGCCAGAACCGCAUCCACUUGGAGAUUAAACAGCUCCACAGGCAGCUAGCUAUGAUCCUGGACGAACAACGUAGAUAUGUUUCUGUUAUCACUGAAGAAAUUUCCAAGAAAGGGACACCUUCAGAGACAGGACAGAUGGACACUGCCAGUCAACAGCUGAACUCAGUCAUUGCCACUCAGCAGGAGGUUCUUAGAAAUCUGAACGAGUUGAAGAACUCCUUCUAUGAGUCUUUGAAACAAAUAGGCUCAAGCCAACACCAGGGCAAUGCAAUAGGUAUGGGCACGUACGAGACCAUCCAGCACUUCAACGAAAUCAAGGAACAUCUGCACCUUGUCAAGAGGGAUGUGGAGCACCUUGCCCAGCGUAGCCCUCAGAACCCCGCUGAGAAGAUUGUGAAGUGCCCCGAGCUGCCUGCAAUGCCUUCCUGCUUAUCCACUGUCCAUUUUGCUGUCUUUGUGGUGGUCCAAUCAGUCAUCUUCUUCUGCUACAUCAUGUACAAAAGUCAACAAGAAGCAGCAGCGAAGAAGUUCUUUUGAUUUACCACCUUUAUAAAAAGAAAGUGUUGAAGUGAGGGAUGUCCAUUUUGGUAAAUUUUGGUUUGAUCAUUUUGUUUUCAAAAUGUAAAUUAUUGUACUUGAAAAUGAGAUUUUUGAGUUUUUGUAUUAUUAAUUGCAGAUGUUUGUAAUUUUGACUGUUUUGCUGGUUGUGUAUGAAUGCUUGUCCAAAGUGUGAGACAUUUUGUUGUAGAUUUCCAGCAUUAUGAAAUAUAUUACAUACAGUAUUUUUGCCACAUCUUUCAGAUUUGCAUUUUGCAAUAGAAUUAUAGCACAGUCCCAUACCAUUAAAUACACAACUCUAUUUGCAUAGUUUUAAGGAAAGCUAUGAUUUCAAAACAUAGUUUUGUAUACAUACAUUGAAAACUCGGAACAAAUGUCUGGUAUGUAUCUAUUUUGAAUGAGUGAAACAUGACAUAAUACCAUUUUGUCUUUCCUUUCAAGCAGUUUACAUAAACAGAAAAACAAAU